AUGGCUGCUGUGCAUAGAAGGAGAAGAAGAUUUCGCAGACAGAAUGCUUUACCACGACCAAGAGUGUUUAGAGACAGGAGCAACCCAUUGGAGACGCUGGAGGAGGAGGAGAUUUUUCAGCGCUAUCGAUUCCGACCCGCUACGAUUAACUUUUUAGUCAAUGGACUCCAUAUGGAACUCAAAACUGACACUAACAGGAACAGUCCAAUAUCCCCUCUCUUCCAAGUUUUGCUGUUCCUACGUUUUGUGGCGACAGGGGCUCAUCUCCGUCUGGUAGGGGACAGUCUCGGGAUUUCAGAAUCGUCCGUAGGCAGAUCUGUCAAAGCAGUUGCCUCAGCUAUAGUUUCUGUUUUUGCCAGACCAUACAUUUCUUUUCCUGUCAGAGAAAUGGCAACAAAAGUUAAAGAAGGUUUCAGGAGAAUAGCUG